ACUGGACCCUGCUGAGCUGAGAGGCUGGCGAAUCGAUCCGCAGCGAGGCCUCGCAUCGCAUCGCAUGGGCGUCGUACCUCAUCUGCGCGAGCGCUCAGUGAUGAUGCGGAUAUCUGUCGCCGGCUCGCGCUGAAUCUGAUCCCGUCGCGCGUUGAAUUUGAUGUUUGACCACUUUGCCCUUUUUCCUCGGAGGAGAGAAAGCGAUGGGAUCGGGUGCCGUGGAUUCCUCCCAGUGGCUGUCAGUGAAGGAAGAGACUAUUUUCCUCCACGAUGGACUAAUUCGGGUCACGGACCUGGCGGAGCUGCCCAGCGAGAUCGGUGUGUCCGAACAAGGGGAGUCCGAGCAGGAGAUCUUGACAUUCGAGACCAAGAACCCAGCGGAGCUUGCCGAGCGCCUGCGAGCCGUCUGCGGAAACCAGAGCAACGCUUACACCAGACUAUUGGAGUACCGUCUCAAUGCUCUGCGCGGACUGUGGGGGGCGCAGCGACAGCUGGCCCUAGAGGAGCAGCAGGAGCAUGACGGGGUCCUCCCAGGGAGCGCCGGAGGGGCCGACGAGGAGACGCUGGCCCUGCUUAAGCGACAGGGCUUCCUGCAGCCUCAACAUCACCACCAUCCUCACCACCCUCCGAUGGCCGCCGGCACCGAUCAGGCGCCGUUUACCUCACGCGUCGGCCUCCUGUUGGUCUUUCCACUACUGCAGUCGCAAACUCGGCACGACCCUGCGCUCUGCGGCGUCACCGCUGAGGUCCUGCUCGCGUGUCUGCGCGACUGCCAGCCGCUCAGCCUGGGCAAGGAGCCUGCAGACUGCCUUAAUGGCCUGGAGAGGUUGCUUUGCUCCUGGCUGGAGGAGAAGAGUGAGCCGGAGGGAACGGCACAGGCGAGACCACUGCUCACCCAACAGCAGAGGCAGAACGCAGCAGCUGCUCUAGUGGCUCUAUCAUGUGCAAGGGGUUCUCUCAAAACGUUCAUUCACACGGUCCACCUGCUGCAGAAACAGACAGACCUGGGUCAGCUUCCAGUGGCGGAUGUUCUCUACAGACUGCUGCUUCUUGAGGGAGGUCCAGGCUCACCGUCCUGCUUGUUAGGGGCGAAACACAGUGUUUCGUGGGGCUUUGAGGACAUGCUGCCCACGCCAGAGAGCAGCGCCGCUGGAGCAGAGAGCAAAGACUCGGACCUGGGCCGCAGCCUGGCUACAGAUGGUUUCUAUCUCUACACGACAAACUCUUUUGGGAAGGGCUUAAGCAAGCUGGGCUCGGGGCAGCAUGGGACGCUGAGGGGUUUUGUGUACUGUCGGAACGAGGAACUGGAGGCGGGGUGGUUGGCGCACAGCAGUGGCUUUUUGCUCCACCGUCCAGCCUCUUUUGACACCAAACCUCAUCAGCUGUGCUACGUCAUCGACCCCUUCACACUGCAGGUACGACCCCUGCAUCUCAAACCAUCACCUUUCACAUUGCACUUUCAAAUCGACAUUGCAAGAAAGAAUGUAUUUGGAUAUUUCUACUCGUAUGAUUUUUAUUUUGUUAAAGUGUAUUAUUUCUAA